UAGGUUUAUUUUAUCCAUUUUCCCCGAUAUUUUUCAGAAAAUGAACAAACGUUUUCAGUCCUACUAGAACUAAAACCCGCCUUCAACCUUCUUCUAUCUUGGAUUUCAGAUGAUUGUCUGAAAAAUUUCAGAAAUGGAACUUGUUUCGAUAAUCUCCAUCGAGUUCUCUCCUGGCUGUUACUUAUCCGUGAAAUCUCUCUAAUUUUUGGUAGCUCUUUCUUCUUCAGAAAUGGCCUCCAUUGACUCACUGCUAUCUCCUAGGGCUUUCCUUCCGAAAGCCUCAUGUCUGAAUCAUGUACAGGCGAAACGUUUUAAUUUCACUCGGAAUCCCAGAACGCCAUUGUUGUUUCUUCACCGAAAAAGAUUUGCCCCCUGCUUGGCAAUUUCGAAUUCUUCUGAUUCACCGUCGAAGUCCUCCGGCGGUGAUGAAGCUGCCGGAGACGAUUUUGUAACCAGGGUUUUGAAGGAGAAUCCCAGCCAAUUGGAACCCAGGUAUUUAAUUGGCGAUAAGUUGUAUACUUCGAAAGAGAAAGAGUAUUUGAGCAGAAAAUCGGAGGUGGGUGUGUUUGAUUCCGUGGUGAAGUGGUUGAAUUCGAGAAAGAAGAAUGAGGCAAUUGAGGGUCGUAAUGAGGGUGGAACGAGGAGUGAGGCUGUGUAUUUGCAAGACAUUUUGAGGGAGUAUAAAGGGAAGCUUUAUGUGCCUGAGCAGGUUUUCAAUACAGAAGUAUCGGAGGAAGAAGAAUUUGAUAGAAAUAUUGAGGCCUUGCCAAAAAUGAGCUUUGAGGCUUUUCAGAAAGCCAUGGAGAGCGAUAAAGUAAAAUUGUUAACUUCGAAAGAGAGUAUAGUUGUGUCUUAUGGCAACAGGUUUAGAGAUUUCAUUGUCGAUUUAAGAGAAAUCCCGGGUGAAAAGAGCUUGCAAAGAACUAAAUGGGCGUUGAGGCUUGAAGAGAAUGAAGCUCAAGCGGUAUUGGAGCAGUAUACUGGCCCACAGUACCAAAUUGAGACGCAUACUUCGUCUUGGGUGGGAAAAUUGCCUGAUUAUCCUCAUCCUGUGGCAUCUCGCAUAUCUAGCAGAAUGAUGGUAGAGCUUGCAGUAGUGACUGCUACUAUGGCUGCUGCGGCAGUUGUUGUCGGAGGGUUCCUGGCUUCUGCUGUAUUUGCUGUUACCAGUUUUGUCUUUUUGACUGUUGUUUAUGUUGUAUGGCCAAUAAGCAGACCAUUCCUUAAGCUUUCUCUAGGUCUGAUCUUUGGCAUUUUUGAGAGAUUUUGGGAUAACGUUGUUGAUUUUUUUGGAGCUGGAGGAAUUUUUUCCAAGUUUUAUGAGGUUUACACUUUUGGUGGUGUCUCUGCUAGUAUUGAGAUGUUAAAACCAAUUAUGAUCGUUCUUUUGACCAUGGUUCUUCUUGUUCGCUUUACACUUUCAAGGAGGCCUAAGAACUUCAGGAAGUGGGAUCUCUGGCAAGGGAUUGAUUUUUCACGCUCCAAAGCAGAAGCUCGUGUUGAUGGUUCAACUGGAGUCAAGUUUAGUGAUGUAGCAGGAAUUGAUGAAGCUGUGGAGGAACUCCAAGAGUUGGUGAGAUACUUGAAGAAUCCUGAAUUGUUUGACAAAAUAGGAAUAAAGCCUCCUCAUGGCGUUCUUCUGGAAGGACCUCCUGGCUGUGGUAAGACAUUGGUGGCCAAGGCCAUAGCCGGUGAAGCUGGCGUUCCAUUUUACCAAAUGGCUGGCUCCGAGUUUGUUGAAGUUUUAGUCGGUGUUGGUUCUGCUCGUAUUAGAGAUCUGUUUAAGAGAGCAAAGGUAAACAAACCAUCAGUUAUCUUCAUUGAUGAAAUUGAUGCCUUGGCAACUAGGCGUCAGGGAAUUUUCAAGGAAUCUACAGAUCAUCUCUACAAUGCAGCCACUCAAGAGAGGGAAACCACAUUGAACCAACUUCUCAUAGAGCUUGAUGGAUUUGAUACCGGAAAAGGUGUUAUAUUUUUGGCUGCUACAAAUAGAAGAGAUUUGUUAGACCCGGCACUUCUCCGACCUGGUCGUUUCGAUCGGAAGAUAAAAAUUCGCCCCCCAGGUGCGAAAGGGAGACUCGAUAUCUUGAAAAUUCAUGCAAGCAAAGUGAAUAUGUCAGACUCUGUUGAUCUAAGCAUCUACUCACAGAACCUACCUGGUUGGACGGGAGCAAGGUUGGCUCAACUUGUCCAGGAAGCUGCUCUUGUUGCUGUGAGGAAAGGGCAUGGAUCUAUUGUUCAGUCAGACAUGGACGAUGCAGUUGACAGGCUUACGGUUGGACCAAGACGCAUCGGCAUAGAGCUAGGUCAUGAGGGACAAUGCCGGAGAGCUACCACAGAAAUGGGUGUUGCUAUGACUUCACAUCUGCUUAGGAGAUAUGAGAAUGCAACAGUUGAAUGCUGUGAUCGCAUUUCGAUCAUUCCCCGCGGUCAGACAUUGUCACAAGUUGUGUUUCAUCGGCUUGACGACGAAUCAUACAUGUUUGAGCGACGACCACAGUUACUUCACCGUCUCCAGGUUUUACUAGGAGGCCGAGCUGCGGAGGAGGUCAUUUAUGGGCGAGACACAUCAAAGGCAUCGGUUAGCUAUCUUGCCGAUGCUUCUUGGCUUGCUCGUAAAAUUUUAACAAUUUGGAAUUUGGAGAAUCCCAUGGUGAUACAUGGCGAGCCACCACCAUGGAUGAAGAAAGUGAAGUUUGUUGGUCCAAGGUUGGAUUUCGAAGGCUCUCUCUAUGACGACUACGAUUUAACUGAACCCCCACUGAAUUUCAAUUUAGACGACGAAGUUGCUCGGAGAACUGAAGAGCUGAUACGUGACAUGUAUGAUAGAACGCUGGCUCUGCUCCAGAGGCACCACGCAGCGUUGCUUAAAGCCGUGAAGGUUCUUGUCAAUCAAGAGGAAAUAAGGGGUGAAGAAAUUGACUUCAUACUAAACAAUUACCCUCCACAAACACCUGUUAGUGUUCUUCUGCAAGAGGAAAAUCCCGGAAGCCUUCCAUUUGUAAGACUGGAACAAGAACAAGAACGUGAACGUGAUUUCGAGUAUGCUGUCAUUGCUCAGUCAACAACCGAGGCCCGAGAAUGAUGCAAAAUCUGUAAAGUGAAAUUGGCUGAUGAUGAGAGGUUCCAUGACCUUCUUGUUCUUGAAAAUGGCUGCUUGCUUCAUGUGCUUUGGCCCUCCAUCAAAAUUUUGAAGUUUGAAAGAUGGCAGCAGCUAAAUCAUGAGAUGGAACAGAUUUUGCUUGAAAGACAGAAUUCACCCUCUAAAAAUUUUCAUUUUUUAUUAGGCAAAUGUUCAUAGGUGAAAUUUGCAGAUUAUUAGUUCUAAAUUAUAUAUCCAUAUGUGAGUUUCCACAUUUA